AUGUUAACAGAUCUUGGAAAUUCAGAAUCGUUACAAUGGCCAAAAGAAAUAAAAACCAUUUUAGUAUCAAGCAAUAAAGGUAAAACAAAUGAAAAUGAAAUUUGUUUAAAAUUUGUCAAUGAACAACUAAAUGAAUUACAACGCCAAUUAAAGUCAUAUCAACAAGAAUUAAAUAUUCGCGCAAAUGAUUAUCAAGGUUAUACAUUGUCAAUUCAAGAAAUAAUUAUAACAUAUAUUCAAGAAAAUCUUAAUUCUUCUUUACAUAAGAAAAUUGAACAUCACGUGGAUUUGAUUUAUUAUGAUUAUCAUAUUCGAGCAUUAAAAUUAGAAUAUUUCCAACAUAAACCGAACGAGUAUCAAGCAUGUUUUUUCUUGGAAAAUAGACAAAUAAAUCUUGUUUGA